AAAAAGGAUGAUGCACAAUUUUACUUUUUGUUAAAGUUACUUAUUCCACAUCCACUUACUCACACACACUCUUAAACCCUUAAACAUUCACAAGAGAAUCCAAACAAACACAGUGAGGAACACUGAACACGCAGUCAUUUGCUGGCAUCAUUUUUCAGUUGUGGGUGUGUUCAGAAUGAACCAUUUGUCCAAAAAUCUUAUGCUGCUGUCAUUUCAGAUGUGAAUCAUCUACUGCGGCACCGACAACACUCGAGUCCAACUUGUGUCUGACAGAUGGCCGCUGUCCUGUACUCCGCCAGUGGACCAGAUGGGAACAGUGCAACUGUGCAAAGCACCACAGUGGGAGGCAGCAAGCCUUUACACCGCUUUAUUAAGGGUGAACCCAAGAUUGUUGGUAUUAUUGUUCUGGUUUUGGGCACAACCUAUAUCAUUGUUUCCGUGGCGACUUGGAUUCAUGACGAUUUUGUUUCGUGGACAGCGGCCUUUCAACCUGGAAUUGUACAAGGAGCAAUGUUUGUCUUUUGUGGGAUUCUGUACAUUCUGACAGAGCACAACCCCACCAAGAAAACGGUAACCGUGUCAUUGGCUCUGAGCAUUGUGACCUUGCCGGUGACAUGUUGGACGAUCCUAUACUUCCUGCUUAACAGGUUGCAGAACGAAGUUAUGCACUAUGAAUUUAUUCAUCAUGACAAUGACACACUGACUGUGAAAGAAGAGCCAGGACAUUAUGAGGUGAUGAUGUUCUCAGUUGAAGUGAUCCACCUGUUCUACUGUUGUAUCGGGGUACUUAUUUUAAUUGGAAUGUCGGCCCUGGCGGGGGCUGCCCUGCGCUCAACUAAGAGUCAGGCGAUUGUAGUGAUGACACCUGCACCACCUGAAUGAAACCACCAGAAGAGUGGAGAGAA